CUGGCUCAGUGUUGUGCCCAUCACUCCGGCUGGGAGGGACUUUAAAUCGCUCGUGUUUAGCUCUCAAUGGAUGCCAACAUCAGCCAGAUGUAAAACGGAGGAGGUUUUCUCUUCAUCGCACGUGAAUAUGAGUGUGUCGUGAAUGUGAACGACUGGAUGAAACGACUGAGAUCGCUAUGAAGACGAGUGAGGACUGCGUUUAGAUGAAGCCAGAUGUGCUGCAUGGCCUGACUGAGCGACAGACAGACAGAUGGCAUCGUCUCUCUGUUUAUAAACACACACCCCUUCAUAGAAAGGAGCCUCGCGGUGGAUUGAUGCACCCUUUCCAGUGGUGCAACGGGUGCUUCUGCGGUUUGGGACUGAUCUACUCCAAUAAGACCUGCACUAUGUCAUCUGUCACCUUCCAGGACCUUCCGCUCAAUAUCUAUAUGGUGAUCUUCGGCACAGGCAUCUUCGUCUUCGUACUCAGCCUCAUAUUCUGCUGCUAUUUUAUAAGUAAAUUGAGACAUCAAGCCCAAAGUGAACGCUUUGGAUACAGAGAGGUGAUUUUAAAAGGAGACCCGAAAAAGCUGAAUCUUCAUGGGCAGACCUGUGCCGUGUGCUUGGAGGACUUUAAGGUGAAAGAUGAGCUGGGAGUGUUGCCAUGCCAACAUGCCUUUCACAGGAGGUGAGUAAUAAG